AUCAACGUGACGUCACAGUAGAAAGAUCCUCCAUAUUGCUAAGUAAUGCUGAACACAGGCGCGAUGCAGUGGAAUUCAGCAGGGAAUAUGGCAACUCAGGCAUCUCAAUGGCCUCCAAUGCCUCAACAGUUCAAUAAUGCCCCAGCAGAAAAACCAGAAUGGGAAAAGGCCAGAAAAGCAUUAGAAGAAGCACAAGCCAAAAUGAAAAGCCCACCUAAACAAAAAGCGCAGCAAGCUGAAGUGCAACAGGAAGCCCCAAAUGUUCCACAACAGUACAUGCAGCAGAUGCAAAUGGGAAUGUAUCAGCAACAAUACCCCUACAAUAAUGGCUAUGGUAUGCCUGGCAUGGGCAUGUACCCGCCAGGACCUCCAAAUAUGUAUCAACGACCUCCAAGGUACCCUCCUGUGAACAUGAUGCCGCCGCAGUCAAGGCAACAAGGACCCCAUACUAAUCAAAUAGGAGAGCAACAGCCUCCUUUACCACCUGGUGGACCCUACCAAACACGGUCAGCUAAUGAUGGUGGUUUUAGUAGGGGAAGAGGAAAACAGGCUCCUGGUGCAGGUGGUAUUCGUUUUCAACUGCCAAACAAGAGACCAGGGCUUGGCCAGCAGAACAAUGUUAUGAAUGACUAUCAGCAGAGAGUGCAGCAAAAGCAACAAAACAAACAGCAGUGGAAACAGCAGCAUCAACAACAGCAACAAGAGAUGCAACAACAACAGGAAAUGCAUCAACAGGAACCUGUACAACAGCAAAAAAAUAGCCAGGCUGCUGCUGGUGAAUGGCCACCUGCAUUAAAGGAGUAUGUGCAGAGGGCUUUUGCAAGUGUUACCACUGACCAGGAGAAGGAUAUUAUGGAAAAAAAUCUUAAAGAAAAAAUAACAACUGCAUUUGCAGCAGACAUCGCGUUUUCUUUGGAUUGGGAUAGAGAGCCUCUCCCUCCGAGAGUGAGUAUUGGAAAUGGGAGUCAAAAAUCAAUGAGUGACAGAAAGAAUAGGUGGGAGAUGGACACUGAUGACCGCACCAGUAAUGGUAAUGAAUAUCAUCCGACUCCCAGACAGCAAAGAGGGCGUAAAGGGGGCUACACUCCAGGUUUUAGGAGGUCCCCAAGAAGUAGAUCUAGGUCCAGUUCUAGAAGUAGAUCAAGAAGUAGGUCAAGGAGUAGGUCAAGGUCGCCAUCCUACAGAAGGAAAAGGGACAGGAGGAGAAGACACAGCAGUGGUAGUGAAAGUGGAGACGGUGUGUAUAGCUUUGGUGGAAGAGGAAGAGGGCGCGGUCGAGGUAGAGGACGUGGAGGAAAGAAUAAAAAACAGGAGAGAGACCAAAACAGAGAUGGUGUGACAGGUUCGGCAAAAAAAGGGAAGAAGGGGAAGAAAAACUUUGAGUUUAUGGAGUACAAUACACCAGACAAAAAAGACAGAUUGAUGAAGAGAGCUGCUAGAUUUGGGGACCAUUUAGAAACACAAAAAAGGACAGAGAAAUUAGUUUUGAGAAUAAAUAAUUUUGAUGAUGAGGGAGACAGUGGUUCAGAAGCCGGAUGGGAUGGAAGUGCAAUCAUUGGAACUUGUCAGGAUUUGACCAAACAAUACUUACGACUUACAGCUGCUCCUGACCCUUCAACAGUCAGACCAGUUGAGGUGCUGCAACAAUCACUUAAAAUGGUGAAAGAUCACUGGAAGGUGAAACAAGACUAUCGCUAUGCUUGCGAACAGUUGAAGGCAAUUAGGCAGGACCUAACUGUCCAGUGUAUUAGGGAUGGUUUCACAGUCCAGGUGUAUGAAACCCAUGCAAGAGUAGCCAUGGAAGUGGGAGACCAUGAAGAGUUUAACCAGUGCCAAACUCAGUUGAAACUGUUGUACUCCGAAGGAAUCAGCCCAGACCAUAGAUUAGAGUUCACAGCAUACAGAAUUUUAUAUUAUAUUUUCACAUCAAACUCGUCAGAUCUCACGACAGUAUUAGCUUCACUGAGCAAAGAAGACAAGAUGGAUGGGUGUAUAAAACAUUCUUUAGAAAUCUUACAUGCCUGGUCUUUGAAUAAUUAUCACAAAUUCUUUAAAUUAUACCAAAAUGCUCCCAAGAUGGCUGGGUAUCUUAUAGAUUGGUUUGUAGAAAGAGCAAGGAAGCAGGCACUGAAGAUCUUUGUGAAGUCAUAUCGCCCCACCUUGUCUGUCCCAUUCAUCCAGACUGAAUUGGCAUUCCCAGAUGAGGAAAAGUGUGUGGAAUUCCUAGAAGGAUUGGAUGCUGUGUUUACUCAGGAUCGCACAAAGUUGGACUGCAAAACCAGCAUGCCGAAGGUCCUGGCUGCACUUGCAUAAAAUUAAAGCUAAAUCCACCUCAUUCAUUCAUUCAUCAUGACUUUUUUGAUUCCGUUCGACAAGUGUUCAGCCAGGCAGGCAUUUUUUGGCCUACUUCCCCUAUUUACUACAGCCACUACUACGACAUGGGUUACUGGGUGGAGUUGUGUUUAGUUUAGCCAAGUCCAGUCAGUAUGUACCCUUGGUGUUCUGCUUGACCAUGUCCCCAGCCAGUGACCCCACCAUCGCCAGAUGAUGUGAAGUCGGUCAUCACUUCCAGUUCCAUUGCAUUUCAUUCUCACCAUAAUUCAUUGAUCAUUCAGCAGUUUCCUUACAGAUAUCCAACCCAGCAGCUUGAGAAGAGUACUCACGGAAUACACCUUCAGCGUCACAUUUCAUAUUCAUUUCCACAUUAUAAUGUUAGUAUCCAAUUAAAGUCUAUGUAGUCUAUUGUUUGUCAAAGAAUUCAAUAUCCUUAAACUAGUCUUUUGUAAGCCUUAUUUUUGAAAAAAAGGCAUUUUUUGUCUGAGCAGCAUUAUUGCUGUGUAGACGAUGCUCAGUUUUUUCAGUAUGAAUUAACUAGUAGUUGUAGAUUGUUGUUCACUGUGAAAUAUACAACAGAUAGUGGUAACAUUUGUGGGUGUAACAGUAGAAGGCAAUCUGACGUUGCCAGAUGGCUGCAGGUUCAAGCUUGGAAUUCUUUGUCAUCGGAGUUGCAGGUUCAUUCAAGUCUGCCAUCCCUGUGAUGAGUGCUUGGGAACAUGUUGACUGUUGGAAGAUCUUGUAGCCCAUUUUGAAGACUUUCUAGCUGUCGAAAUACCCUUUAUAAGAACAUGCUGUUACGUAAAAGAAAUCCACUGCAGUUUCUCAACUUGAAAGACUUGAAAAAGUUAAAUCUGAAAAGAGACGGCAAUCAUCAGAAGUUAUAAGCUCUUACCAUUACAAAUACAUGUUACAGAAGCCAAACAUGGAUCAGAGACCUCUACUAAACACAAGCAUUCAACUUCUAUUCUGAGGACUGCUUAUUGCAUUUUGUUGAAUCAGCAUCCAGUUCAAGUCAAAUUAAUACAACAACAACAACAACAACAACAAAGGUAAAUUGGUGGUUCUGCCAGGUAAGAUGUUCCAAACCCAGUGUAUCCACAAAAGCUUCACAGGAGCCUGCACGCCUCAUCUGUUGCUGAUGUGAAACCGUUCAUCCCACAGGAAAAGUAGUGACUGAAUUUCGUUCCUUGCUUUCUCUUUCUUUCAGGUCAUAUUUUCUAAAAUACUUAAUUAUUUUUGAUAAACUUGUCUGUAGCAGUGAAUGUCUUUCUCUUACAGGUUAAUACGUAAUGUUCUCUGUUUUGUACUCACAUAUCUUCACAUAGUGAGAGCAAAAAUGAAUGCUACUUUUGCGGGGUACAUGCCCUUGGUCAGGUUAAGUUGGUGUUCAUUUUUGCCCUCAUUGCAGUUCCUUCAUUGUUAAUCACAUCUUAUUAUAUUUCUUUGUAUCACAAUUUUUGAAAAAGUAAUGUGAAAGCUAAUAAAAAGACAAGCAACAA